GCCUCGCCAGAAGAAAUAAUCGAUACACCGGCUCAGUCUAGAUCCGGCGCUCGUCCCGCCUGCACUGUUUUCCGUCCUGACUGGCUCGCCUUGCCCCCAUCCCGCUUCGUGUUAGCGGACAUCGCAACGCAUCCGUCGUCUGGAUAUACGGUCGCGGCGCGAAGGCAGUGAACGUCGAGUUGAGAUUGCUGCGCUAGCCGACAAAAGUGACGAGCAAAGACGACAUGGCGGCCGAAACGACUGAACUCUGCCUGGUGAACCUUCACAUGACGCCACUUCAGGCGAGCCGCGGUGCUCAGAAACUGGCCGAGGCCGGUGUCGAGCUGCCGAGCUGGAUCCAGCACUGGGCCAUCAUAUUCCUGUGGCAGAAGCAGGAUCGCGCCUUGCGAGUCGAAGGUAUUGAGGAAGAAGGCAAGUGCGAGGUCAAGGUCAGGCAGAUGAGCUACCAGGAGGGACUGAACCAACCUGGGACCAAGGUUGAGUGCGGUACUUAUCCAUUGACUUUCGAGCAAGUAAAAAAUGUAGCAGCCGAGAAAGGAUCCAAUCCACCCGACUACGACCAGCUUACGGCCAGCUGCCAGACUACGGCCAAGCAGAUUCUAUCAGACCUGGGCGUCACUGUCGGAACGCAGAGUGCGAUGGAAUCUGCGCUCACUCUGGUGUUGUCCCUGGGAGGAGAAGAGGCGGCCGAAAAGUUGCAGAAUGCAGUCAAGGUCAUCACGGCGCCAUAGCCAGGCCGGGCAAAUGUCGGGAGGAACGCCGGCAUGUGUAUGCCAAUACUUAAGCACGCAUUUGUUAUUAAAGAUAUCUUCAUUGAAAUGGCACGA